UACUGCGAUGUCAAGUUUCAAAUUACAGCAGGGAAGUCAUACUGAAGAGAAACUCCAUAAAUAUGAAGAAUGUGGCAAGUCCUUUCAUCAUGUGUCAUAUCUUACAGUACAUCAGCAAAUGCAUACUGGAGAGAAACCCUUCAGAUGUGAAGAAUGUGGCAAGUCCCUUAGUCAAAUGUCAUAUCUUAGAUCACAUGAGCAAAUACAUACUGGAGAGAAACCCUACAGAUGUGAACAAUCUGGCAAGUCCUUUAGUCAAAUAUCAAAUCUUAGAGUACAUCAGCGAAUACAUGCUGGAGAGAAACCCUACAGAUGUGAAGAGUGUGGCAAGUCCUUUAGUAAAAGGUCAGAUCUUAGAUUACAUCAUCUAAUACAUACUGGAGAGAAACCCUUCAGAUGUGAAGAAUGUGGCAAAUCCUUUAGUCGAAUAUCAAAUCUUAGAGUACAUCAGCGAAUACAUACUGGAGAGAAACCCUUCAGAUGUGAAGAAUGUGGCAAAUCCUUUAGUCGAAUAUCAAAUCUUAGAGUACAUCAGCGAAUACAUGCUGGAGAGAAACCCUACAGAUGUGAAGAAUGUGGUAAGUCCUUUCAUUCAGUGUCACAUCUUGGAAGACAUCAGCGAACACAUACUAGAGAGAAACCCUACAGAUGUGAAGGAUGUGGCAAGUCCUUUUGUUAUGUGUCACAUCUUAGAUCACAUCAGCGAAUACAUACUGUAGAGAAACCCUUCAGAUGUGAAAAAUGUGGCAAGUCCUUUAACCAAAUGUCACAACUGAGAGUUCAUCAGCGAACACAUACUGGAGAGAAACCCUACAGAUGUGAAGUAUGUGGCAAGUCCUUUAGUAAAUUGUCACAUCUUAGAAGACAUCAGCAAAUACAUACUGGAGAGAAACCCUACAGAUGUGAAGAAUGUGGCAACUCCUUUAGUCGAAUAUCAUGUCUUAGAGUACAUCAGCGAAUACAUGCUGGAGAGAAACCCUAUAGAUGUGAAGAGUGUGGCAAGUCCUUUAGUCAAAUAUCAAAUCUUAGAGUACAUCAGCGAAUACAUACUGGAGAGAAACUCUACAGAUGUGAAGAAUGUGGAAAGUCCUUUAGUCAAAUAUCAAAUUUUAGAGUACAUCAGCGAAUACAUACUGGAGAGAAACCCUUCAGAUGUGAAGAAUGUGGCAAGUCCUUUAGUCAAAUAUCAAGUCUUAGAGUACAUCAGCGAAUACAUGCUGGAGACAAACCCUACAGAUGUGAAGAGUGUGGCAAGUCCUUUAAUCAAAUAUCAAAUCUUAGAAGACAUAAGGAAAUACAUACUGGAGAGAAACCCUACAGAUGUGAAGAAUGUCUCCAGUGCUUUAGUAAAAGGUCACAUCUUAUAUUACAUCAGCAAAUACAUACUGGAGAGAAACCCUAAA